AUGGCGAGGAUAAUCAUGCUGAGGAGAUCGAAUGACAAGGUGUUCAAGGUGGAGGAGGCAGUGGCGAUGGAGUUGCAAACCAUCAAGCACAUGAUCGAGGACGACUGCACCAACAACGACAUCCCCCUCCCCAAUGUCUCCUCCAAGAUUCUCACCAAGGUGGUUGAGUACUACAAGAAGCACAUCCAUGCUACCACCUCCAAGUCCUUCUCCAAGGACACCGCCGGAUCUGAAAUCUCCGAUGAGGACCUCAAGUCUUGGGACUCCAAGUUCAUUAAAGUCGAUCCAACAAACCUCUUUGAUUGA